ACUCUAAUGUUUAUAUAAAAUCUUUAUUACUCAUCGAAGCUACGUUCAAACCUUCUGAACAUUAUGGUAAGUGCGUUUAAGCCGGAUGAGAGAGUAUUAUGGUAUUUUUAGUUAUUUUUGUAUGUUUGUUUCGUUGUUUAAUAUUGUUUAUUAGUUUUCAUGGACCAUUACUUUAUGAAGCCAAAGUCUUAAGUGCUGAACUUAGGGAACCUGAAGAUGGGGGAGAAAACGCUGAAAAAGAGCCUCAUUUACGUGUUCAUUAUAAGGGAUGGAAAUCGACAUGGGAUGAAUGGGUACCAGAGGAUCGUGCUUUAAAGUGGACAGAGGAAAAUCUGGCUACACAAAGGGAGUUACGUAUGGCUGCUCUUGCUGCACAAAAAAAAACGGGUAAAAAAAGUUCAGGAAGAUCCAGUGAAUCAGCAGAUGGUCCUUCACAUUCACGUGGCCAAAAGCGUCUAAGAGAUGUAGAUUUGGAAAAGGAAGAAGAUUUUAUUGCAAAGCCGGAAAUUAAUAUUGCAAUUCCAGAUGCAUUAAAAGCACAGCUUGUAGAUGACUGGGAGAAUAUAACGAAGAAUCAACAACUUGUUUCACUUCCUCGAUCUCCGACUGUAACAGAAAUUUUACAAAAUUAUAAAAAUUCAGUUUCUUCUACACAAAAAAAACGGUUUAGUAACGCUGAUGCGGAUAUUUUUGAAGAGGUUAUAUCAGGAAUUAAACUGUAUUUUGACCGGUGUUUGGGUAAUAUUUUAUUAUAUCGGUUUGAAAGACAACAAUACUCGGAUAUACGGAAAACAUAUAAAGAUAAAGAAAUGAGUGAUAUAUAUGGUGCUGAGCAUUUACUUCGAUUAUUUGUAUCUCUUCCUGAAUUAAUAGCACAUACAAAUAUGGAUCAUCAAAGUAUACAAAUAUUAAAGAAUUAUAUUAAAGAAUUUCUCAAAUUUCUUACUAAAAAUCAGUCUGAAUAUUUUUUGAAAGUAUAUGAAAAUGCAUCACCUAAUUAUCAAUCACUUGCACGGUGUAUAUAA